AGAGAAAACCCGUUUCCAAGGCAACCAAACUGCUGUGGGUCCUGCUGGCGAUGACGUCACAUGUUACCCGGCAUGCAGAGGGGCGGCCCGAGCGAGCGUGUGACAGUUCCGGCCGCAGCGCCGCCUGCACCUGCUACGACGACACCGUCUCCUGCACACGCGGCGCAGACUUAGCAGAACUGCCGUCAGGUAUACCGACCGACACCACCAACCUCGACCUCACUGGAAACAAGCUGACUUCACUUCCGAAAAUGGCCUUCCAGCAACUGUCCCGUCUUAAUCUCAACGGGAAUCGUAUAACAAGUCUGCCUGUCGGCGUUUUUUCCGACCUGCCGGCUUUACGUAGCAUAUACUUGGCAAGGAAUGGUAUAAGAACUUUAGACAACGUUUUACCUUCGCUGCCUACCCUUGUAUCAAGGCUAGAUCUAGAAGGGAACAAUAUAUCUAGAUUAGAUCGCGAUGUCUUUGCGAGAUUUGAGAAUUUGACCGCUUUGAAUCUAAACGAAAACGGGUUCGGAAAUCUAGAGGCUGGGGUGUUCAACGGGCUUGUAGCACUCUCCAGACUCUACCUUAACGAUAACAACAUCACUUCCCUCGCGCAAGGUCUUUUUCUCGGACUUGAAAAAUUGAGGCGUUUGUCUGUUGAUAACAAUCAGCUUGUUCAACUAAACGGAAAUGUUUUUGGCGAUCAUCCUUCGUUUAAUGUCAUCAGUUUUGAGAACAAUAACAUCUCAAUGAUAGAGACUGAUUUCUUCAGUAGAUUCCCGACGCUAGGCAGUGUUAAUCUUGAAUCCAACAAUCUCUCGUUCCUUCCUCCUGGAAUAUUCAAUAACCUCGCAGAGUUAGAGUUCCUCCGACUAGAAAAGAACCGACUAGAAAGUCUCGAUGCUAAUCUUUUCCAAGACCUCCGCAACGCCUGGUCCAUCCAAUUGGGUUAUAACAACAUUAAAACCCUUCCCGACGGCAUUUUCCGUGCAACAACGAGGCUGCAUUUUCUUCAUCUGAACGACAACGCGUUGUCCUCGCUUCCAAAGGACAUCUUCUCACCACUGUCUAAACUCAUGGGGCUCGAACUUGAGAAUAACCAGCUAACCGUCAUAGAAGACAGCACGUUCAAUUUACCGACGUUAGAAUCUAUACAACUGAAUGGGAACCCACUAGUUAACAUAAGCUGCAAAAUGUUUCCUACUACGAAUAUGUCACUUUACGCAAUAGACGUAGAUUGUACGUGUGAGUGGAUACCCGUGUAUGACUGCCCUGAGUUUGAGUUCCUCGGUUCCAGAGUCACUUGCAUCAAACCGAGAAAGUUAUGGUACGACAAACUGGAUGAAAUUUCGAAAGACGUUCUGACUUGUGGCGCUCCGAGCACGGCCUGGUUUGGACGAACAGGUUGGUUUGGUCUGGCGAGUGCUGUCAUGUUGGUUAGUGUACUUACCGGUGUUUAACUCAAGAUAUUAUUCAAACACAAUUCAAUCUCUACAACUGGAUAAAAAACAGAUAUUUACUUCCGGACGUUUCGAGUGACAUCCAUCACCCUUCUUCAUCGUCACUAGAAUGAACUAGCAGAACAAUUCCAUACAAGUACAGCUAACUAGAAAAACUGGUUUAACCACUAACUCGUUAGGAUCAUAUGCAAAAAAUCACUCAAAUGUAAAUCAUGUUAGGAUAGUUCCCUAUGGUCAGACAACACCAUGGGGAAAAUUAUUGUCCUGGAUGUCAUUCGAAACGUCCGGAAGUAAAUAUCCGUUUUUUCUCCAGUUGUAGUGAUUGAAUUGUGUUUGAAUAUUGUUUACCUGGAUGUCUAACCUUCAUAAACUCAAGAUAUUGUUACGUAUAUUUACCAGUAAAACUGCAUCACAAUCUUAUAUGCUGUAGUGAUGAUGCACUUCUAUUACUGUGUAAAAUGUAGACGCAGUUUAAUAUGGUUAUGAAGGCUGAAGAUGUACAAACUUAAAGUGCAUGAAAAUGUGCAUGAGAGAGAAAUGCUCUUACGUGAUUUCCAGCAUUAGGCCACAUCAAUUUAAUUUCUUGGUUCACGGAUUCGCUCGCUCCUAUUUUUUGGGAAAAAAAUAAAAAUAAAAAUUACCACUCAGCAAGUUUUCACCAUUAAUGAAGCCAUUCAUCAACUUUCUGGUGUAGCAAAUUGUCCU